AUGGCCUUGUCAAUGAGCGGGGACGAUGAGGAAUACGAGUCAGAGUCUGAACAGCGGGCAGCCAACCGGCCAAAACCCAAGAUGGGGACGUCGUCGGCCGUUAAGCUGCCGUCCAACCGCAGCUCGUCUGGAGCCAGGCGGCGUCGGACGCGCUGUCGAAAGUGCGAGGCAUGCCUCCGGACUGAAUGCGGAGGAUGCCACUUCUGUAAGGACAUGAAAAAGUUUGGUGGGCCGGGGCGCAUGAAGCAGUCCUGCAUUAUGCGCCAGUGCAUCGCGCCUGUCCUGCCCCACACAGCAGUGUGUGUGGUGUGUAAGGAGGCAGGCAAGGAGGACACCUUGGAAGACGAGGAGGACAAGUUCAACUUCAUGCUAAUGGAGUGCUCCAUCUGCAAUGAGAUCGUCCACCCGAACUGUCUCAAGGUGAGCGACGCCUCCGGAGUGGUGAACGACGAGCUCCCCAACUGCUGGGAAUGCCCCAGGUGCAACCACGCUGGAAAGAGUGGGAAACAAAAAAGGGGGCCCGGAUUCAAGUACGCCUCCAACCUCCCUGGCUCUCUGCUGAGGGAGCAGAAGCCUGUGAAGGAGGAGGGGGAGGUGCCAUCUGCAGCCAAAAGGAGGCCAGAGGAGACGCCCAGGUACAGACCGGAGGAGGCUCUCCACCGCCAGCCGCCGCUGCUCUCCCCCAGCAGCCUGCCCCGGCCCCGGCCCGAGGACAAGCUGAGGAAGAAGAGGAAGCUGUUUGACGAUGACGAGGACGAGGAUCUCGGUUUGAGGAAGAAGGAAAAGGCGGACGAGCCGUACUUUUCCAAACUUCUGCACCAAAUCAAGACGGAAGAGGAGGACGAUGAUGCGUAUGAGGAAGACUAUGACGAAGGGAGGGAAAUGAACUUCAGAAAUAUUGUGGAUCGGAAAGGUCGGUUUGGAGACGCCGAGGAGGAAGGGGGCUACAAGGAGCUAAAGAGUGAGACUUUGAACCCCUCCAUUAAAACCCCGGUGGCAGACAGCGACCAGUCCCACUGCAGCUCCCCCCGGGCGGGGCCCAGCAGCGAGGGCGGCAGCGAGACGCAGGAACGGGGGCCGCGCCCCAAAGCCCGCCGCAAGCGCCGUCUGCCCAACCGAGAGCUGAGCCGAGAACUAAGCAAAGCACUGAACCAGGAAAUCCUGAAGACCGAGGACUGCCUGGCCAACGAGAACCGGCAGCCGCUCAAGCUGGAGCCCGAGACGGAGAACGAGGAGCCCAAGAGUCUGUUCCGCAACGGCAACGAGCUGGCCGACCAGAGGUCCCACCUCAAGACCAAAGAGAUGAACGGCGCCCCCUGGGAGCUGCGCCACUUCUACCCCAGCCAGAUCACUCCGCUGGGCUUCAACCGCAGCACCCCCACCACCCGGCCCGUGCCCCCGCGCUCCCCGCCCAAGUGCAUCCAAAUGGAGCGCCACGUCAUCCGGCCCCCCCCCAUCAGCCCGCCUCCGGACCGCCUCCCCCUGAGAGACGGCAAAGCGCACGUGGCGCAGCGGGAGCUCUGGAUGAAGAUAUUCCGCUACCUCUCGCACCAGGAGCUGUGCGUCUGCAUGAGAGUCUGCAAGACCUGGAACAGAUGGUGCUGCGACAAGAGACUUUGGACAAAGAUCGACCUGAACCGCUGCACCUCCAUCACCCCUCUCAUGCUGAGCGGGAUCAUCCGCAGGCAGCCCGUCUUCCUGGACCUCAGCUGGACCAACAUUUCCAAAAAACAACUAAGCUGGCUAAUUAAUAGAUUGCCAGGUCUGCGAGUGCUGAAGCUGUCCGGCUGCUCCUGGGCGGCCGUGUCUGCCCUCUGCACCUCCAGCUGCCCGCUGCUGCGCACCCUGGAUGUGCAGUGGGUGGAGGGGCUCAAAGACCCACAGAUGAGGGACCUCCUCUCUCCGCCCACUGACAACAGACCAGGUCAGCUGGAUAACCGCUGCAAGCUGCGUAACGUGGAGGACCUGCGGCUGGCGGGGCUGGACAUCACCGACGCGUCCCUGCGCCUCAUCAGUCGACAGAUGCCUCUGCUCUCCAGGCUGGACCUGAGCUACUGCAACCACAUCAACGACCAGUCCGUCAACUUCCUGACCGCCGCCGGCACCACCACCAGAGACUCCCUCACAGAGAUCAACCUCUCAGUUUGCAACCGCGUCACGGACCAUUCCCUAAACUUUUUUAAGCGCUGUGGCAGCAUCUGUCAAAUCGACCUGCGCUUCUGCAAGCAGGUGACCAAGAAGGCCUGCGAGAGGUUCAUCGCAGAGAUGUCUGUGAGUGUACCGUUCAAGCUGAGAGAGGACAAGCUGCUGCAGAAGACGAGCUAGUCCCUGACAGGACCGCACACUGACAGACUGUCUUUGCACUUAAUGGAACAACAGGUCCUGUGAUUAAGCAUCUGAGUCACUCUGCUGAUGAACUGAGGUGAGAGCUGGCCACGGUGGAGAGUUCACUGGACAGAUAAAGGGGAAGCAGCAUGCAUGCAAUUCUGUUGAGACUGUACUUUUUUUUUAUAUAUAUACAUAUAUAUAUAAAUAUGAAGAUGUGGUUGUAAUUAACUGUUGAGUUAUUUUUAAUUCUUUAAAAAAAUUAAAAAAUAGUAUUUUUGUACAAGUAUCAUUUCAUAAGUUUAGUGUCUCAGGAGCGGAAUAUCAGACUGCAGCAGGAGGAACAAAAAAAAAAAAAGAAAAUCUUCCCUUUGUUAUGCUGUCACAUGACUGUGUGCCAAAAUCUCCAUUGGACGCUGACGAAAAGAGAAAAGAAAAAAAAAAAAGCUUGUGAUGUAACCUGAGUGUCACAGAUGAUUUUAUUUGCUUAGAAUGUGUUUCAGCAAAGAGAAAACAAGAGUUCAUAUUCCUUUUACACCCCGAUGUUUUCCAUUUCUUUCUCAACUGUGGAGUGUUAUUGUUUGAUGGUAGUUUCAUCAAUAUUUUUUAAUUAAUUUAUUGAGUUUUUUUCCCCCUUUUCUAUUCCACUUUGUAUUUAUUCAUUUAUUCAGUAACUUUACAUUAGUGUCUUACAUAUAUGGGUCAAAUAAUGUGUGAAUAAUUUAUCAGGGUGGCUUGAGCCCUAGCAGGAGCCAGCCAGUGGGGUUCAACUCCCUGAAGCGAGUAGCAGUCGCAACCUACCUAAAGUCGACGUCCUGUGCCGCAGUCAGCCCCCACACACACACGUGGUUUUCUGUCAUGGCGGCUGGCGGGGCCUGUGCAGAUCAUCCAUACGUUGAGCAGACAUUAGGUGUUGUAUUUGGGUGUUGUGCUGUGACCUGAUCGCCUCAGGUGAAUGUGAUAAUGUUUAUAUUUGUAAAUCUCAAAAAAAUGAAAUGCUAAUAUGCAUUAAAAAGAUUUUCAUUUGUACCAUCAUGGAUCCCUGAAGGCGGGUUUGCUUGUCUUUUGUUCUUUUUGCCAGUAAUGUUUCCUCCCUUUAAGUCCAAGUCAUCAGAUACUAAAUUCAG